GGUGAUGAUGCGUGGAGUCACCAUGGUGUUGCUGUUGCCGAUGCUGGUGUGGGCGGGGUCAGAAUGCAAGGCACGCUGUUGUCUUACCAACAUCUCCAUCACCGUGGAGAGCGACGAGUGUGGCAGCUGCAUCACUGUCAACACCACGGCCUGCGCUGGCCUCUGCCAGACCCAGGAGAGAGCAUACCGCAGCCCAGUGGCACCGUACUUCCAGAACACCUGUAAUUUCAGGGACUGGACGUAUGAGACCAUCCAGCUGCCGGGCUGUCCUCUGGGGGUUGAUUCAUCCUUCACCUACCCCGUGGCUCUGAGCUGUGAGUGCAGCCAGUGUAACACAGAGAUCACAGACUGUGGCGCUUUCAGCAUGCAGCCGAGUAGCUGCCACACACACGCCUACUACUGAACCAAGUCGCAUCAGCUCAGCCAACAGCCCAAAGCCCUCGCAGCAAUCUGGAUCACUUUCAGCAUCUUAAGAUCAUUUUAGGAAUAUUUUGUACCAAGAAGUUUCAUCCUUCCUUCACGUUAAUUAUCCUAUCUGACCGUAAUCACUCACACACAAAUUUACAAAUAUGAAAUAAAUAAUAAAUAAAUAAAAAAACUCCACCACCACCACAGUUUGAUACCUUAUACUACAAAUGAGAUACAGGUCUGUUCUGUUUGUCUGUGUGACCCUGAAUAUCAUGAAGGGCAUGAUGUGCUGUUGUUCAGCAUCACCUGAGCAUGUAAACACUGCUUCAUUAAAACAGCUCACAUGCAGCAUUA